UUUUCAAAUAAAAUUAGAAACAAAAUGAUAAUUAUAAUUUAAAAAAACACCCAGCAAAACUGUUAUUGGUUCAUACAUCACAACGGCAAUACCGAACUUCCGAUUCGACAGAUAAAUAUACACUCUUUUUAAACACUUCUGCAACAUUUAUAGCAGUGCUUAUUCUUUGGAAAGCUUCUAUGAUUCUCUCCUUCAUAUUUUUUGGAGUUAUUGAGGCUGCCUUAUAUUCCAUACACACAGUUCCGUAUAUCUUCAUUAAAAAAUCCGGAGGAGUCAAAUUUGGUAAUCGCGGAGGCCAGUUUUGAUACCCGCUUUUUCCCUGCUGAAAAUCAAGAUUUAAAAAUGCCCGCACCUCGCGAUGAAAAUAUGCUGGGGCUCCAUCCAUUUGAAACCACAUGGCUGCUCUAAUGUCUAACGGAAUAUAUUCUAAUAGCAUUGGAAGCUUUCUUUGGAAAAAAUAGGGGCCGAUUAAAUUAAUUUUUCAUUAUUUCGCCCCACGCAUUUACUGACCACUUGUGCUGAUUUUGGAUGGUUCUAAAAUGUGCGGCUGUGAAUCCCAUUAAAAUUGAAAAUUGCGCCCAUUGGCAUAUCCAUUAUUGUAAAACAUGCAUUUGUCAAACAACAAAAACUUCAUCAAAAAAGUUUUUUUGCAUUUUCCAAUUAUGUUGUUUAAUUCUCUCUGGACGCUGGAAGCACAAUUCCUUCCCAAUGGUUUUCCAUAUGCAACACUCCCGGUUUGCUUGAAUUGAGCUUAUUCGGAUGACUUCUGCCUGGAAAUCUUUCAGCGUACAUGCGAGAUGCUCAUAUCAAUUUGUUCUUCUUUAGAGUAAUCUUUUAUGUGUGUUUUGUAAAAAACUACUAACACAACAAGAUUGUAUAGAAGCGAUUUCUAAUAAAUUAACUGAUAUUUUAGACCUGUGCACAUGCGAUAGGUGAUUCAAUAAAUUAUUAAAUUUAAUAAUAUCGCCAUGCCAUGAAUCCUGAAACUGCGAUUUCUAUGAAAAGCUAAAGAGUUAGGCGUAGGGUAUAAUAGACAAUUAAAUCUUCCUUGGGGUUUCUGUCAUAAGCUAGUUAUUGCCAUUCAAUACGUGCAAUUGUUAAAUUCAAUUUUAAGACUCCUUGAAUUCCUUAGCCUAAUUUUUACUUGUUUGUCACACAACCACCUCUAUUGGUAGUCGUAAAGUUGAAUUUGAUUUCGAAAUUCGAAAUGGGUGUUCAUAACUGAAACUUGCGUUCAUUUUCGCAGAACUCCAAAACUCUCAGAAACCGUAAGCUUUAAGUAGGAUAACCCUUAAUAAAAACUCGUGAACAUUACAACACCGUGUAGAUUAUAAAAUAAAUUAAAGAUAUACUCCGAGUGCUCCUGCAUUUUUUCAUAAAAUUAUACUUUUUUCCGUUUAGUAUAAUCUGAAUAACCCACCUGCAUAAAGUAGUUGAAAAGUUAGAACUCGUAAAUUUUGAGUUUAUUGUCUCUUCUAGAAAAAUAAUGAACAAACCGCAUUAUUUUGACUUGCCCUGUAUGCAUUCGAGAGAUUGUCGCGUACUUAAGAAACAGCCUCUAUAGACUUGCGUGAACUUAUGUGUGAAGUUGAAACAACGAAAUUAAUUUCUGGACAACCUCAAAAAUUAGGUUAUAAAAGUAGCAAUUAAAAGAAAAUUAAAUAUAUUUCGAAGACGAUUCGCGAAAUAAAUGUUGCUUAAAAGGUGUAAAACAGUAGGAAAAUUAAGUGGGACAAAAGCGUACAUCACACCACACAGAAGAAGAGAAAUAUUUUCGAAAGAUCGGCAGGGAGUCUUCGGAUAUGGAGAUAAUUGUAAAGCACAAGCGGCUAAGUGGGUAAUUGUGAUUCGCGCGGAAGGGGGUCGGGGUGCGGGUGCCACUAGUGAGUAGCACUUUUUUAGUGCUUUCCAGUACCGCGGAAGCACCCGGCUUUGUACCCCUUAGAGCGCCCCACCACCCGGACACUACCACACGGUCGCACUGCGCUACUAAGCGCUCUUCGCCGACUUCGCUCACACUCAGUCGGUAUACUUUGGAAGUUACGGGCGCUGCUUCGUCUGACAGUCUCAUUUCGCGUAUCCGAAGCCGCUCUUGCUGCAUAACGAACGUGAAUUAUCACAGUGUUUAGUGUAUGAUUACGAUAAUAAUAUGGGGUUACGUAUCUACCCGGCUUGAUAACACCCCUUUGCCAACAAUCCCUGUCUGUGCCGUGUCUUAUGUGAAUGCUCUCUACAGUGAUUAUUGUCGUUCAAGUGAACUGUGAAAAGUGAUUUUCUUUCUAUUUCCCAGCCUAUGGCGCGGUGCAGAAUACCUUUGAGGUAACAGCACCUGGAAGCUGUUGAUUGUCCUUCUUUUGGACUACUCUAUCAAUUGCAACUCUCAUCAUGUUUUGGAUACUCUACUCUUUCCUCGGCCUGUCUCUAGUCCUCCAGACCCUUUCUUCGGGGGUGUUCGAGUUGAGAUUGCUCUCCUUCGACAACCAAGCUGGAAAAGAUGACUUGGGUAAAUGUUGUUCUGGACGACCGUCAGGUCUGGAAUGUGAAGGAGAUUGCCGGCCGCGCUUCCGGAUAUGUCUAAAAGAAUAUCAAGUGAAAAUUGACGCCACCUCUCCUUGUACUUUUGGCGAUGUCAUCACUUCUGAAUUGGGUCCCGGACCUGCUGAUGAUCCUCAAAGUGGAUUUGCCAAUGCUAUUGCAAUGCGCUUUCCAUUUACUUGGCCGGGUACCUUCUCGCUGAUCGUGGAAGCUUGGCAUGGCAACCAAUCGGCCCAUUCAGCAGUUCUGGUUAGUAGACUUAUGCGACAACGCUAUUUGGAUGUGAGUGAACAGUGGACAGAAGACACACACAGCUCCAAAUAUUCUACCUUAAGAUUUGAAUAUCGGGUUACUUGCGAACCACAUUACUAUGGCAAAGGCUGUGAAGACCUGUGCCGUCCACGUGAUGAUAGUUUUGGCCAUUACAGCUGUUCCCCUUCAGGGGAACGCGUGUGUUUAGCCGGAUGGACUGGAGAUUAUUGCACGAAAGCGCAAUGCUUACCAGGAUGCGAUGAACAACAUGGUCAUUGUACGCGACCAAACGAGUGCAAGUGUCAGUCCGGAUGGGAAGGUCCAUUGUGUGAUAAAUGUCAACGUUACCCUGGAUGCAUGCAUGGCUCAUGUGUAAAACCCUGGGAUUGCUUAUGCGAUGACGGAUGGGGAGGCCUUUUUUGCAACCAAGACCUCAACUUUUGCACCAAUCACCUCCCUUGCCGCAAUGGUGGAACUUGCUUCAACACCGGGGAAGGCAGUUACACAUGCAGUUGCCCUCCUGGAUACAAUGGAACAGAUUGUGAAGUAGCGACAGAUGACUGUGCCAGAACUCCUUGCCUACACGGAGGCACCUGCCUUAAGUCGGAGAACAGCGAUACUUUCGUUUGCCAGUGUACAUCAGGAUAUGGAGGAUCUAUUUGCCAGACUCCUCUUCCACUUCCCACAGCUCCUGGUUGCUCUGGGAAUCCCUGUAAUAAUGGAGGAAGCUGUCAGGAUGUGAGUGGAGGUUAUCGCUGCACGUGCCGUCCAGGAUUUACAGGACCAAGCUGUGAGCGUCAUUUGGGUGUCUGUGAUCCCACCCCUUGCGAAAAUGGUGGUGUAUGUUCCGAAGCGACCGGUGCUCCACACGGUUUCCGUUGCGCUUGUCCAGCUGGAUUCGUGGGCGAUCGCUGUCAAGUCGACGUGGACGAUUGUGCCGGUGGCAACCCUUGCCUAAAUGGUGGCACGUGUAUAGACAAAGUCAAUGAAUUCCGUUGUCAGUGUGUACCUGGAUUUGCCUCGAGAUUGUGCCAAGAUCGAGUAGACUAUUGCAUUGCAAAACCUUGUGCCAACGGAGGCACUUGCCACCAACUUCUUAAUGAUUAUGAGUGCCGGUGUCCCCCAGGGUUUGGUGGAAAGGACUGUAGUAUAGAAGUAGAUGAAUGCCGAUCAGACCCAUGUAAAAACGGUGGAACCUGCGUUGGUCGCCCCCGAGGCUAUGAAUGCAUUUGCCCUGUGGGAUUUCUUGGUAGAGACUGUGUCGAAUCAAGCGCAGGUGCUGCGUCCAGUGCUCGAAUAUCCACUGAAUCCACUUUGACUGCAGAACACGUUAUAGUAAUCGCUACUAUUUCAACAUUUGUCCCUCUGCUUGCUUUAAUUGCUGUAGGAGCUAUAGCCUGCUUAAAACACCGCAGGAAACGGGAAAAAGCAAGGGCAGAUGAAGAAGCUCGACUACAAAAUGAACAAAAUACGGCAAACAGCAGUUUUGCCAAGCGAGGAGCAGCAAUGGCUGCAGAUGCACGAAUGAUCAAGAAUUCAUGGGGGAAAUGUACCAACAACGCCAUAGAAGAAGCAAAUGUAGGAGAUCUCGAACCUUUCCCUAAGCAACAGCAGCAAGUGAUUGAUGGGCGACCUGUGUAUGGACUGCAGCGAAGUCGUUCACAAAAACAGUUGAACACAGAAUCAUCAUCGACAGCAACGUCCGCAGCAGUAGCAGCCGCUCGAGCUUCAGCUCUAUUAGUGGCUAAACUACAUGAGCCUGAUUAUGAACCUAUAAAGCGCCUAUCAGUGAUGUCGCAUAGCGAUCCACCGCUUAAAGACGCUCCUGUGUUUGUGGUAGAAGAACACUUUCGAGUGCCCGUGUCUGGUGGCUUAUUUGCUACCGAGGUGUGAUAGACGGAGGCUUUAGCUUAGCUUCCGCCCCCUACGACUGCUGUGUUCUGGUUUUGAGUCACCGCAGGUCCUAAACCAAAAACUUUUCUCUACCCUUCUUUUAUGUUUCUAUGUGUUUACUUAUUUCUUUAUUUAUGAUACUGUAGCUAAUUUAAAUUAUUUCAAAUUUAUUUUCUCGCGGUACUCAUCCGGAAAAAUUCGGCAUUAGCCGAAGACGGGCGUUGCGUGAUUGUGAUGCUCUGCCGUGGCUCCCCAUCGGCCGAUCCAAAGCUCAUUUGUCCAUAGUGUAAAUACUAGCUUGUAAAAUCCUGUAAAGUAACUUAAGCGUUUGGAUCAACCGGAAACCAAAGAUUGGGCUAUGGCGAGUCGCCUUACUUUUGCGCAGCGUACCUUCGGGUAGAAUUUUCUAAUUGUACCCUUGUGAUGCAUUUAAGUGAGCUAACUCACCCGAGGGGUUAGUUGCUAGUGAGUUAUUUGUAUAUAUAAAUAAGCUAAUUUAGUUCAGCGCCGAUUUAAAAAUGGUUUUCAGGCUUACUUUCGAUAUUCUUGAAUGUUUGGGAAUGUACAAAAUAUUUUAUAAAAUGAAUACAAAAUAUUCUGUCCUAUACAAUUUUUAUAUGGAAGUAUAAUUCCACUUAUUUGGAAUAUAAGGCAAAAUAAGUCGAAUUAGUUCGAAAAUUCAGAAACGCUUUCUUUAGAAAAAGUGGAAUGUUUCUCAGUUUCAUGCUCUAAUGGAAGCCUUUCGAAACCAUGUCGUUUUCAUUUGCAGGAAACCGACAUGGUUUGUGCUAAAUUGUAAUAUCAUCAAAAAUUCAACAGAAAUAUGGGAUGUUUGACUCAUUUUACCUCAAGAUAUUAUAUUGGUGUAACAUUUUUAAUUUGUCACUGACUGAAGUUUGACAGAUCAAAAGCGUGAUUCUUUUGGGACCAAUAGUGAAUUUUUUGAAAAAAAUAAAAAUGUUACAACAUGCCAAUAAAUAUAUGCCGUUAAGUAUUAUGAAUAAGCUAAGAUUUAUCACACUUGAGAAAAUAAUGCUUGAAAAUCUUUUUAAAGCCAAAUGAUGUGUUAUAGGUUUCUGCUUUUUAGAGCAAGCCGAUUUUGUGACUGCCCCUCAUUAGUCAUCAAUAACUUGGAGCGAAUAUUAUAUUGUUGCUGCACUAAAUCUUGCUUUCGCGUAUUUAUUUUUGGCCAGUGGACUUUAAGUUUGGAUUUAGCGGAGCAACCGUCACUCCUGUUGUUGGUCAUACAAUCUAUUGUAUGUAUUUUGUACUUAAUAUGAACAAAGAAACAAUGUUCCUGUAAUGUAAACUAAGUCAUUUUUGUAGUUGGCGUUGCCGGAAAAACAAUUUUUGUCAAUUUUUUUUGCAGCGCCAAUGUGUCAGGGUAUACCAAGGAAAAACCUACACCAUAAUGCUCUUAAUUAAAAGUAUAUUUUUUACUAUUUUAGUCGAAAGCCGCUAUUUUACCUUACUUUUAAUUCGGAGCAGUUUAGCGACGUAGUGUCAGAAUUUGUGGUGUGAAUCUCCCUGUAGUUUUGUAGUACUACUUAACCGUUGGGCAAGUUAAAAGACUUAAUAAUAGUAAAGACGUUUUGUAAUAUAUUCCUGUGUAUAUUUAUAGUCUGUACUUAUAAAGAUUUGUUCUGUUUCUAAUGAAGCGGCUGUAUUUGUUCCUCAUGUGAAUAAUGUUAUUUAAAAGUUAUCUUAAUACAUUUUUGUUCUAUA